CAAGGUCUGUAAUAUGUUAUAUGAACAAAGAGUUGGCAAAGGCAAGAACUACUCUGUGCAUGAGGAGAUGCUGUGUACUGGGGACUUCUCGACAGGAAAGGCCAUCUGCCAAGGUGAUUCUGGGGGGCCCCUUGUCUGUGACCUCACCAAUGCCUGGGUUCUGGUGGGGCUGGCCAGCUGGGGCUUGGACUGCAAGUAUCCCAUCUACCCCAGUGCCUUCACCAGUGUCUCCUACUUCAUUGACUGGAUCGAUGAGAUCCAGAAGCUCACAUCUCUCCCUGAUACCAUGUCUGCUGCUCCUCAGACCCAGUUUCCAUACCAACCUCUGCAAUCUGCUGCUAACCUGGGCCUGACACAGGCUUUGUGACUCCACAGACCUGUCUUCUACUGCUGUUCAUGUUCCAGGCCCCAUGACAGGCCCUGUGGUGUCCU